AUGGCCACAUGCGCGGUGACAUGCCGGCGACUAAUAACCCACAAAAGCCCCACAUAUUGGCCGCCUAGUCUCCUAGCGACACACAAACCUCUUGAGAGGUCAACAGAUGGAGAAACUUUUUUAAAAUUGAAGAACUGUUCACUAAACGCUGGGGGCAUCCCAGACCGCUCCCGGGAACCCUUCUUACUCCCUGCUUGUCCAAAUAUGGCGCAAAAUGGGCUGCACGGUGGUACUCUGUACCUCGAUUACAACGCAACAACUCCUGUGGAUCCUAGGGUCUUCAACGCACUCAGUUGCUUCUUAGAGGAACGAUUUGGUAAUCCUUCAAGCAAACAUGCUCUCGGCUAUGAUGCUGGAAAGCAGGUGACCGAGGCCAGAUGUUCAGUUGCGAAGGCCUUAGGGACGUCUCCUAAGUGCAUUGUCUUUACCAGCGGUGCCACUGAAAGUAUCAACUGGGCACUUCGCUCAGCGGCUAAGCUGCGACGGAUCUCGGGGGCAGCCAAGCCGGGGCGUGUAGUAACUUGUGCACUGGAGCAUCCAGCAGUGCUACGCGUCUGUGAGCAUCUCCGCGACGAGGAUGGCUAUGAGCUUUGUCUUUGCCGAGUAUCCUCCUCCGGACUGGUUGACCUUUCUGAGCUGAAGAACCUGCUUACGCCAUGCGUACGGAUCACACGGUGUAUUUUGCGUCUGCAGACUGUCGUUGUCAGUAUCCCCUUUGCCAAUGGAGAGAUUGGUGCCGUGCAGCCCAUGAAAGAGGUUGUAGCUUUGGUCCGCUCUGCCUGCCCGCUUGCACUGAUCCACGCUGAUGCCUCUCAGGCGUUCGGCAAGGUGCCUGUACACCCCGAGUCUCUUGGCGUAGAUCUCCUAACAAUUGCGGGCCACAAAGUGUAUGCUCCAAAAGGCAUCGGCGCGCUGUAUAUUCGUGAAAGCCUGCAGCUACCUCCCCUCAUCCUGGGUGGCGGUCAAGAGAGAGGCCUAAGAGGGGGCACGGAAAACGUGGCCUUCAUUAUCGGGCUUGCCCAGGCGAGCGAACUAAUCCACAAGAGCUGGCAACAGCCGCGGGUAUCUUCCACUCACCAAGAUGUUGUGACUGCCGCCAAUCUAGCUGCUGCUCAUGCUGACAGCACGAAGCCUCGAGAGUCUUCAAAUCCCCAAUUGCUGCACCCUACGCAUCUAGGCUUCGUUGCCAGAGUCUUCGUGGAAGCACUGUGGACAGCUCUUGAAGGCGCCACCAAAGCCAACAGAAAAAAGUUGUCCGAGUGGAUAAGUAUCAACGGGCCGCUAGGAUCGGAAGACUUCACUGUGCAGCAGCAGUGGCUCCCGGGGACGAUCCAUCUUUCCAUCAAGAAUGCAGAUGGUGUAGAAGUAUCCCAGGGUCUCGCAAAGGAGGAGGGGAUGCUUAUCUCAGCCGGCGUUAGCUGUCACCAGGGCAAGAGCGCCUCCGGCGCCUUGGUUGCCAUGGGGAUCAGUGAAGAAUGGGCUAUGGGCUCUCUUCGUAUCAGCAUUGGUGAGCGUGACGAUUCCUUUAGGGGGCUUGCACUUCAAGAGCACUCUCCAAGGAGUAUGGCAAAGGGUAUCAAUAGCUUCAGAAGAGAUGGGACCCUCCGGAUGUGCAAAAGAUGCCCGCUAUACAAGUGCCUGGUGCUUUAG